AACCAGUCACCUCGCCCACCACGCCCGCUGCAGCCAGGGUAAUUUUGCCAUGUAGCCAUGAGGGCGUCUCGGCGGCAACCGGCCAAUCGGCGUCCGAGGCCAGCGCGUCAUGUACGAGCGCUGGCCCAACGACGUUUCUGCACUCCUCUCCCACCGCCAUGAUGCUGCGCUCCACAGGCCGGCCGCUGCCCACUCCCCGCACCCUGCGAGCAGUCUGCAGCCCACGCCGCCGCUAUGCCGCCGUCACCGACGUCGCCAACUUCCCGCGCGUCGGCGAGCAGCUGCACGGCUUCACCCUCCGGCGCGUCAAGCAGGUGCCCGAGCUGGAGCUGACGGCCCUGCACCUGCAGCACGACCGGACGGGCGCCGAGUACGUGCACAUCGCCCGCGAGGAUGCCAACAACUGCUUCUCCAUCGGCUUCAAGACCAACCCGCCCGACGCCACCGGGGUGCCGCACAUCCUCGAGCACACGACGCUGUGUGGCAGCGAGAAGUACCCCAUCCGCGACCCCUUCUUCAAGAUGCUGCCGCGCUCGCUGUCCAACUUCAUGAACGCCUGGACCUUCCCCGACCACACGGCCUACCCCUUCGCCACCACAAACGCCCAGGACUUCAAGAACCUCAUGGCCGUCUACCUCGACGCCACGCUGCAUCCAUUGUUGAAGGAGAACGACUUCACCCAGGAGGGAUGGCGCAUAGGGCCCGAGAACCCAAUGGCGGCGGAGACGGACGACCCCAGCGCGAAGAAACUGGUCUUCAAGGGCGUCGUCUACAACGAGAUGAAGGGCCAGAUGUCGGAUGCAAGUUAUCUAUUCUACACCAGGUUCCAGCACGAGCUCUACCCCGCAAUCAACAACUCUGGCGGCGACCCACAGAAGAUCACCGACCUGACGUGGGAGCAACUACGCAAGUUCCACGCCGACCACUACCACCCCAGCAACGCGAAGAUCCUCAGCUACGGAGACAUGCCUCUGGCUGAUCACCUGAAAGAGGUCGACGGGCGCUUGAGUGGCUUCGACAAGAUCUCCGUCGACCAGGAGGUCAAGGCCCCCAUCGAGCUCAACAGCCCCAAGCAAGUCACCGUCCCCGGCCCUCUCGACCCCCUGGUUCCCCAGGACAAGCAGUACAAGACAUCCGUUACUUGGCUGAUGGGCGACACUGCCGACGCGGUCGAGAACUUUGCGCUUGGUGUACUGAGUAGCUUGCUGAUGAAUGGGUAUGGGUCUCCACUGUACCGCAACCUCGUCGAGUCGGGACUUGGCGCAGACUUCAGCGCAAACACAGGCUACGACAGUGCAGGGAGACGCGGCACUUUCUCUGUAGGCCUCGAUGCUGUCAAAGCAGAAGACGUGCCCAAGGUCCGCGAAGCCAUUGUCCAGACUGUCCUCGAGGCGCGAAACAACGGCUUCGACAAGAUCAAGGUCGACGGCAUCCUUCAUCAGCUGGAGCUGUCCCUCAAGCACAAGACGUCGAACUUUGGAAUGGGUAUCUUGCAGAGACUGAAGCCCAGCUGGUUCAACGGCAUCGAUCCUAUGGAUGCGCUUGCUUGGCAGGAAACUGUUAACGCGUUCCAGGAGAAGUACGCCCAAGGAGACUAUCUGGAGGGUCUGAUCGAGAAGUACCUCCUGACCGAGAACACUCUUACCUUUACCAUGCAACCGUCCGAGACGUUCAGCCAGGAGAUUGUGGACGAGGAGCAACAGCGAUUGGCGACAAAAAUCGCUGAAACCACAAAGCGGUUCCCCAGCGAGCAGGAGGCACAGCAGUAUCUGGAGCAACGGGAGCUCGAGCUGCUGGAAGUGCAGGAGAAGGCCAGGAACGAGGACUUGAGCUGCCUGCCUACAGUCCACGUCAAAGACAUCCCGCGCGAGAAAGAAAGGAAACCGCUUCGUCAUACAGAUGUGAAUGAUGUGAAGGUGCAGUGGCGCGAGGCACCCACGAAUGGGCUGACAUACUUCCGUGCAGUGCACCAAUUACAGAACCUCCCAGACGAACUGAGGGAAAUGAUUCCGCUGUUCACCAGUGCUAUCAUGCGUCUCGGCACAAAGAAUAAGACAAUGGAGCAACUCGAAGAGCUCAUCAAGCUGAAGACGGGUGGCAUCUCCGUCGGAUACCACUCCUCGCCCUCACCACUAUCGCUAGACGCGUUUGAAGAGGGCCUGGCCUUCUCAGGCUACGCGCUUGACCGUAAUAUUCCAGACAUGUACGAGCUCCUCCGGAUGAUUCUGCAAGAAACAGAUUUCGAAGGACCAGAAGCCGAAAAACAGAUUCGCGAGCUGCUGCAAAGCUCAGCAAGCGGUGCGAUCAACUCCAUCGCCGAGUCAGGACACUCGUACGCGAUGAGAUACGCAGAAGCCGGGAUCAACGAAGUGGGUCGGCUGGCCGAGCAGACAGGCGGUCUCACGCAAGUCAAGCUCACCACGAGUCUAGCCUCGCAAGACUCACUCAGCGACGUCAUCCAAAAACUCAAAGCCAUCCAAUCCUUCGCCAUCGCAAACAACGACCAGUUCCGCGUCGCAAUCAACUGCGGCAGCGAAAGCUCAACAGCAAACCAAGACGCACUCCGUCGCUUCCUCGACACCCUCCCCCAAAAAAUCUCCGUGCCCCCAACACCCCACCAAACACAAUUCCCCCGCAACGCAAAAUCCUUCUUCCCCCUCCCCUACCAAGUCUACUACUCCGCCCGCGCCGUCCAAACAGUCCCCUACACCUCCCCGGCCGGCGCCCCGCUCGAAAUCCUCGCCAAAAUGCUCACCUUCAAGAUGCUGCACCCCGAGAUCCGCGAAAAAGGCGGCGCAUACGGCGGCGGCGCCUACGCGCGCGGCCUCGCAGGCUUGUUCGGAAUGUACUCGUACCGCGACCCCAAUCCGCAGAACAGCAUGAAGAUCAUGGGCGAGGCGGGGCGGUGGGCGCGCGAUCGCGCGUGGACGGCACAGGAUCUCGAGGAGGCGAAACUCAGCGCUUUUCAGGGGUAUGAUGCCCCGCAGAGUGUUAGUCGAGAGGGUAUGCGCCUUUUUCUUAGUGGGGUUACGGAUGAGAUGUUGCAGGCUAGAAGGGAGAGACUUCUUGAUGUUACGGCUGAGCAGGUGCAAAGCGUGGCUGAGGAGUUUCUUGUCCGGCGCGCGGGUGAGAGUAGUAUCGCGGUGCUGGGCGAGAAGAAGGAUUGGGUGAGUGCGGCGGGUGCGGGGUGGGAAGUGCGCGAUCUGGGUAUGGCGGAGAAGAUGGACAAGUUGGCGCAGAGUGAGGAUGCGACGAACUAAUGUGUAGGAUUUAUCACGGCUGUGUUUUACGACGUUAUGGUCUUUGUAGGUUCAUUGUACGAUUACUCUACUCUGGUAUUCUUGGCCCGCCGCGUGCAGGGCCCUUUUUAAGCUCGGCCCCCCCCUAUCUCAUUUCCCUAUAUAUACCCCCCCCCCC